ACGACAGUCGCCAUGUCUUCCUGCAUCUCCCUCGAGGGCUCGACGACCUGCCCGUCCUUCGCUUCUGCAUCGAUAUCUACAGACUCCACCCUCGUGGGCUAUUUCUCAUUCUUGCAAUACGUAUCAGACCGCGCCUCAUUUGAUACCCAGCUCGCGUCAUACGUCCAGACGACAUUUGUGGAGCUGCAAUAUGAGGACCGUUUUGGUUGUAGUGGCAUUGAGUUGACGAACACCUCUAAUCUAUACGCACGGUUCACCACUUCAGUCAUAUGCAACUCUAUCGUCCAAAAUUCUAUCGACCCCUGUGGGCUGAGUGGAACACAAACACAGCCGCUAUGCGCUGAUACCUGCGCGGACUACGCUGAGAGUGAGGCGUACUACCUCUCCGACAGUCAACUCUGCACUAACCCCAGCAACGGUUCUGCCGCUGAAGUAAGAGCUGACUUUACAAACUGCGCGCUACCCGCCAAUUCUCUUUCUUCCUCCAGCUGCAUCGAUGGUAUCGACAACGAGCCAGACAAUUGCGGAUUCGGCAACAGCACGAUCGGUCUCUGCUCAUACUGCGCAUCUGGCGGGACUAAUUCGACCGACACUUGCUGCUACAACUCAAAUGCCGAGUCGAUUUGUGCCGACGUCACCCUGCCUUCUAUAACAUCAACAAUCACGCUUCCGACCUCGACUUCCAGCGCGAGCGCUACUGCUUCGGCGUCUUCCGGCGGAGGUGGAAAUGGGCUCUCCAAGGGUGCUGUUGCAGGCAUCGUGAUUGGGUCGGUCGCGGGAGUUGCCUUGAUCAUUGGUGUCAUCCUCCUCUGCUGCCUGUUCAUCCGACGGCGCAAGAGGGGAAGCCAGCAAGGCAGCAUCUUCAACCAGCCGCAGCCAGCCAGGAGAGGACCUAUGAUGGCUCAAGGCGCUCCCCUCGCGUCGACCCCGCAGGGAUACGAAGUCUUGCCUGGUGGUAGGAUAGCCAGAAUGUCGGCUCUGGAAGGUCAUUCGGGAGAGGCGCCCUCUCGCCACUCGGGGACCGCCGCCGGCUUUGGCGUCACCAGAGCCACCAGACCCGGAGACAAUCAGUCUUCGUCAGAUGAUUUUGUGGACAGUCCAGAGUCAGAACCACGUGCUGGUGUGCUGCGGCCUCCGCCCACGAUGCUUAAGAGGUCGGGGUCUUUGUCAAGCGGCUCAGUGUUGCUCGCAGGUGAUGACAAUGGCAGCAACGGGAUGUCCUCACCUCGAGGACAGGGCAGCCAACAAUCCGAACAGCUGCCUUACUUCAAGGAUUACUACUCUCAAGACGAGAUUCAUCCGGGCGACGGUGUGGCGGUGUUGUGGGCAUAUCAACCGCGUGCUGCUGACGAGUUUGCUCUCGAGCGGGGCGACAUGCUAAAGGUAGUCGGCAUAUGGGACGACGGCUGGGCAACUGGUGUGAUGAUGGACGAGCGAGCCGACGAGUGGGAGGCCAGGCACCAAGAACAGCGAGACAGUGGCGUCUCGCAUGUGUCUCGCCGCCCUCGCGAGGCUUCACCACCUGUCAGCGGCGAGAUCAAGGCCUUCCCCCUGGUGUGCGUGUGUCUCCCAGAGCACUGGAAGAAGACUAUCGAGGGUGACAGCUCGACAGAGGCGGCGUCAAGUUCCGCCUUUCAACGUUAAUUGGCCAUUCCCUGCACAUUUUACGACCGUACGACCGUACGACCGUACGACCUUUCCCGUUUCUUCAAAUGAGGCGGACAAUCCACAUACAAGCUCCAGGCAUAUUGCAUCACACCUCGACAUAGAAAGCGACCGAGCCCUUACGAAUGUUCUCGAGUCACGCGGUCACCGAGCCUUUCCUUUUUCGUUGUAGAUAUUUAUGCUCGGUGGCAUGUUUGAUGCGCAGCCUCAUCGACCCCCUUUGCACACACAGACACGCAUAGACACAGACAGAGAAAGAGAGAGAGAGAGAGCGUGUGUGUGUGUGUGCGUGCGUAUGUGUGUAUGUGUGUGUGUGGUAUGCCUGCAUUGCCUGACGGCAGCGUGCUUUUCGGUUUACGUCCCUGGUACAGACGGGCGUUUUCGGCGAUGGGCGGAGAUCAUCUGCGCUCUCCCAUCUCGGUUUUAUGGUUUUUGAUUCAAUUAUACCCAGAUUGACGAAGGCUUUCUUCUUAAUGAUGAGCCUAUGAGGUGCUGGCCCGAGGCCACUAAUUCUGAAGUGGUCUUUUCUCCGAAGGCAGGGAGGAUACAGCUUCAUGUUAUGUUUUCAAGGACGAAAAGGAGAGAAACGGGAGAAGAAGAUACCGGAGAGGAAACCUUAGAUAAUGCCAUAAUCGGCUUACGAGACAGAUCCUAAGGGCAUCUUUCUCGAAGGACGAUCGAACCUGACCAAUUUUACUUGAUUGUCCACAAAACUUUUUUGCUGUCUUUCAUUGGUGGUGGGCCAAUAACCCGUCGGUAGUCAUGGUCUUGACGUGAGACAGGAUCGGCUCUGGAGACCUCGACCUUCUAUUCCGCCCCGUGACAGAUGUUUAGAAAGAAAAGGCGGCGAUGUGGAGUGGUCGUUAUGGACACAGGGACAUCCCGAUCCGGCUCACAAAAACGGAGAUGGUGGCAUCACGCUCGCAGGGCGUAGAGGGCAUGAGGUCUUGAGGAGAUGAUUCCUCGCGUCCCUGGCGAGCGGCCAGGUCGACGAACACUCAUCCAAGGCCUGCAGGAGGUAGUUGGUCUCCUCCGGGAUGCCGACGUCAGACGCGACCUUGGCGGCCUGGACGAUCCCAU